ACGCAAGCAGCACAUUUUGUGCACGUUGUAAACGACACAUCCCAGAGCGUACGCGUCUCACCGCCGUGCAGGUGUUUUGCAUAAGAGAACUCAUUGCUUUCGCCUUAACAGUGUGCCACGCGACCUGAAGUCAUGGCUGAGCAGGUGGCGGUCAUGUGUGAUCAGCUGAUCAAAGCCGUGAAUGUGAUCAUGGACGCAGAAACCGGACAAAUUUACCGACUGGAGGCCCUAAAGUUUUGUGAAGAGUUUAAAGAGACGAGCACCUUCUGUGUGCCAUGUGGUUUACAACUCGCCGACAAAGCCCAACCAGCUGUAGUGAGACACUUUGGUUUGCAAAUCCUGGAGCACGUCAUCAAGUUUCGAUGGAACAACAUGCAACAGCAAGAGAAAGUCCAGUUGAAAGAGUGUGCCAUGCAGCUGUUAUCAACUGGUACUCUUGCUAUUCUGGAGGAGGAGAGCCACAUCAAAGAUGUCCUGUCCCGAAUCACUGUGGAAAUGAUAAAGAGGGAAUGGCCUCAGCAUUGGCCAGAUAUGCUUAAAGAGAUGGAGGCGCUCACUAGCCACGGGGAGGCGCAGACGGAGCUGGUGAUGCUGAUACUGUUAAGGCUGGCGGAGGAUGUGAUCAGCUUCCAGACGUUGCCCACCCAGCGACGCAGAGACAUCCAGCAGACACUCGUCCAAAACAUGGAGAGCAUCUUCAGCUUCUUAAUGGCCAUUCUGCAUGUUAACGUCGAGGACUACCGUAAAUUGAAAGGGUCACCCGGACAUGAACUGCAGGCCAGAGCUCACUGUCGAGUCGCGGUGGCGACGCUGAACACGCUUGCAGGCUACAUAGAUUGGGUCUCUCUGGUGCACAUCACCACCGGAAACUGUCAUCUUCUGGAGAUGUUGUGUUUGCUGCUGAGUGAACCAGAGCUGCAGCUGGAGGCAGCGGAGUGUCUGCUCAUCGCUGUCAGUCGGAAGGGGAAACUGGAGGAUAGGAAGCCGUUCAUGCUGCUGUUUGAUGAUGUCGCCAUCCACUACAUCCUUUCUGCCGCCCAGUCGGCAGAUGGACUGGCAAUAUGCAAGAAGUCCGCUGAGUCGCAAGCAGUGGAGGUGGUGGAGCGGCGGUACGUAUUCCUGAAGAGGCUGUGUCAGGUCCUGUGUGCUCUAGGAGGCCAACUCUGCUCAUUGGUGGGAUCAGAUGUGGAGGUCGAAGUACCUGCAAAUCUCAGCAAAUACACAGCAGCGUUUUUAGCUUUCACAACACAUUCCAGUCAGUUUUUAAAGUCAUCCACUCAGGCCACUUGGGGCGCUUUGUUCAGACACGAGACUCUGUCAAAGGACCCAGUUGUUGUUGAGAUGGCCAUCAAGUACCUCAGAGCAUGUAUGACCAACCUUGUGAAGAUUGGAUUUCCAUCCCGAAACGACAACCCGAGUUGCGAGUACUCCCGCGUGGACUUCGACAGCGACGAAGACUUCAAUGCAUUCUUUAAUUCUUUUCGAGCGCAGCAGGGAGAGGUCGUGAGGAUUGCAUGUCGCAUGGUCCCUCUGGAGGCUUUCCAGAUAGCGGCUGAAUGGCUACAGUAUCAGAUCACCAGCCCGAUAGAUACUGGGGCUGCAACAUCCAAGACUGCUGAGGGCCUGUGCACGCUCUUGUCUCCUUCACUGGUCCAGUGGGACGCGAUGACUGUCUUCUUGGAGUGUGUGGUCCCACAAAUUUUCAGAAAUGUAGCGGAGGAGAAGCUGCCUAUAGAUCAGAGCAUGGAGCUGCUGCAGGCCACGCUGAACUACGACACCAAAGACCCGCUCAUCUUGUCCUGCGUACUCACAAACAUCUCGGCCCUCUUCCCCUUUAUUAAACAAAGGCCGCACUUGCUGCCACAGGUUCUCUACAAGCUGUUUAAUGCCAUAACAUUUGAGGUCAGUCAGGAAAGUAAGGCACCACGAACCCGAGCGGUAAAGAACGUGAGGAGGCACGCCUGUUUUUCCAUCAUCAAGAUAUGCCGGGAUCACCCACAGUACCUCCUGCCGAGCUUCGACUUGUUUUACAACCACGUUAAGAAGUUGUUAUCAAGCGACGGCACGCUCACUCAUAUGGAAAAGUGUUUGCUGAUGGAAUCUCUGGUGCUCAUCAGUAACCAGUUCAAAGACUUUGCAAAGCAGAAGGCCUUUCUCGAUGAGCUGAUGGCUUCAGUGGUUUCAGACUGGACCUCCGAGGAGAUGAGGCAGGUGUUGUCUGACCCUGCUGUGUUCCUGUCCUUCGUCGGCGCAGAUCAGGUGGUCAAUGACCAAAGUCAGGACACAGCGGGCCUUAACAGGGGCCGGCUGGGUUUCUGCCUGUUUGCCAUGUUGGGGGUGGUGAAGCGGGCACGCUGGCCUGCAGACCUGGAGGAAGCCAAGGCAGGUGGCUUUGUGAUGGGCUACACCGCUGCCGGAGCUCCCAUCUACAGGAACCCCCUGACGGCCCACUUUCUGGUCUUGCUGCCCAACCUGCUGGCUCUAAUCAGGACUAACAACUGUCUGUUCAUGCCGGAGAACAUGGCUCGCCUGAGUGUGACCUUCUCUAGGGCCCAUGAAGUGAUGGAUGCAGAGAGAAAUAUUGUUCUUGGUCUCUCUCAGCCUAUUCUGGAUAUUUAUGACUCCGCUGUGUGUAGAACCAGCUUGGAGCGGAUGCAGGGAUUUCUCUCCACAUUGUAUGACAACUGCUUCCACGUCCUCGGAAGUGCAGGUGUGUCCUUGCAGCAGGAAUUCUUCAGCAUUGAGAGGUUGAGCGAAGAAAUAGCUGGUUCUGUUUUUGUCUCCCUCGACCAUGUGCCCGAUCACAGACUCCGCCCUAUGAUUCGUGUGUUUGUGAGGCAGUUGGUGCUAUCGUGUCCUCAGGAGUACUUCAACAGUCUACUCUGCCCCCUGCUCGGACCUCUGUUCGCCUACAUGCAGCAAAGGCUCAACGUCAAGUGGCAGGUCAUCAGCCAGAGGAGCUCGGCCAAUGGUGACGAGGAGGAGGAGGAGGUGGUGUGUCAGGAGAGCCAGGUGACGCAGGAGAUGUUGGAGGAGCAGCUGGUGCGCCUGCUCAGCAGGGAGGUCCUGGAUCUUCUCUCUGUGAGCUGUAUUUCCAAAAAACUGGCCGAACCAGCUGCGAACAAGGAGGAAGUAGACGAAGAAGACAUGAUGGACUCGGUGCAUGCAGCGUCUCCUGCCGGUCCCACAGAGGAGCUGACUGAGCUGGGGAAAUGCCUAUUGAAACACGAGAACAUCUACAUGACCCUGCUGACCCUGUCCUUCACCUCCCUGUCAUGGAAGGACACCACCAACUGUCACCGCACCGCUUCGAUGGUCUGCUGGACCCUUCUGCGGCAGGUCGCAGCAGGUAAUCUUCUUCCUGAGGCAGUCACGUGGUUCUACACUAGUGUCCUCAGGAGCCUUCAGGUUCAUGGGCAGCAUGAGGUCUGCAACUCUACCCUCUCUCAGCUCGCCAUGAUCAUUUAUGAAAACCUGCGGCCUCGCUACAUAGAGCUGAGAGCGGUGAUGACCCAGAUCCCCAACAUCAGUGUGGAGACUCUGGACCAGUACGAUCACAGGCUCAUCGACCCCAAUGCUCAGAAGCUCGGAGACAAGAAGAGGAGAGACCAGUUCAAGAGGCUCAUCGCAGGAACCGUUGGGAAAGCUCUGUGCCAGCAGUUCAGGAAGGAGGUUCAUAUCCGGAAUCUUCCAUCGCUCUUUAAAAAGACAAAGCCAGACAAAGAUGUGCUGGGCAGUGAAGCGUUGGGCCUGGAAGCUCUCUUCUCCCCGGCGAAUGAUACUUUGUAGGAGCACAUCGUGGGUUCUAAUGGACUUCAUACGGACCGAGGACAGUUAUGUGUACGACGCUGGGCUUCCCCUCUGCAUCCUCCUCCAACAUAACUCGCAACACUGUUUUUCCCAAAGGUCAUCUUUUAUUUCAACCGGUGUCGUUCCACAGCACCAGUCACAACCAUUAGAAAAUCCCACCCACUGGUCAUUAAUGCAGACAGUGAAUCCUUUUUUAGAAAAUAGCCGUUGGUAUUUGCUCUGAAGCAGAAGCUUCAUUGAGCCACCAAAUUAUGAGAGUGACUGACAUGUGCUGAAGGUAACGUGUUCACAAGAUAAGGUGAAGAGGCUUUAUGCAAACAUACCCAAUAAUGAAUUGUGAUUUCAAGAAUAGAUAGAUAUAAUAGUUUUCUAGUUUGCAGCCAAUACAGUAGUUGGUUUAGGUAAUGUAUUUAGCGAGUCCCUCAGAACAAUUUACACACCCCAAGUAUUGUUUUAAACUGCUUAUUUAAUGCAAAGAACAUAUCAUACUACAAAUACUUCUGCCAUAUAUUGUGCCAAAACACUCAAGAUAGACUUUGACAAACUUGACCAGACCUAAUAAGAUAUAACUUUCAUGAAGAUUAUUUAAGGAUAAUGUGUAGCUUAAUCCAAGUUUUGCGAUCAGGAAACGACGAACCAGCACUACAUUCCGUUAUUAUCCAAGGUAUUGUUUUAAGCACACUUCAAUUGAUGUAUUUUGCUCUUAUGGAGCUUUCAUGCGGUGUUAUUUGUUUUGUGUUGUGUAGAUUCAGGCCUAAAAUAAAAUAGUUACUUUGGCUUGGAGUGAGACUUUGAAGGGCAUAUAGAGUAAAAUGGUUCGGAUUUGGAGAUGUCACUGAAACAAGUUCACAUCCUUCAUCAUGAAUAGGAACAUUUAUGACACUUGACCUUCCAAUGAAAUUAUUUUACCCUUCAUGGUGAUCGUUUGUACAUUUGGCCAUUAAAAAAAAUGAAACGCUUGUUCAACACUAAAAUGUUAUGUACAAUGGAAAAAAUAUCCUUUCUAAAAUUGUAGUGUGGUUUAUAUUUUGUUUUUGAAUAAAAAAAAUGAGAUUUCAAUUAAUCUCAAACUCAAA